CAAACAAUGCCAAGAUCCAUGUGGGGGAAGCUUCUAUAUGAUUUCUUUUUUUCAAACCUUUAAUUUGACUAAAGGUUGCUUGGAUCUAGCCCUCCAACCCCAAGCAAACCCCUGGAAUAAAUACUUGUGGAAAUCUCUCUCUCCCUCAAUCAACCAAAUCAAUUUCAAGUUCAUCAAUACGACCCAACGCCCUUUUCUUGCAGAUGUUGAAUCUUUUCGUUUGUGGCAGUGGCACUUUUCAUCGAGAAGAAGAUGAAGCUGAACCAUGGAGUAAUAGUCCUUGUUCAUCACCGAGAAAACCCAGAAGGAAGAACCAUAACAAGGACAGCAAGAACCCAUAUUCCACUCGUGGGCUGGAUAAGUUUUCUGAACUUCUAGCUGAUCUUGAGGAGAAGAGGAAUAAGAUUUAUUCACAAGUGGGCUCCCAAGACAUCUCUCUCGUACGCUUCAUGUACUCCAACUCCAAUGAUUGGGUUCCAAUUGUGGUGAAGUCCAAGAACAACAUGGAAGACAAAACACAGAUCAGGGAUAUUGUCAAAGAUAAGCAUGAUACACCGGCUAAAAGCUCCGUUGAUUCGAAAGAACUGAAGCAGCCAAUAUUGGAAUCAAAUGAAAGGCCUAAGAAGAAGAGGUUCUUUUGGAACUUGAAGUUGGAUAGAUGGAGACGUCCAUCUUAUUAUCUUCCAGCAAUUGUAAUCUUGAUUUUGUUGUUGUUGGCUGUGUUUGGGCGAUCUUUUGCUAUACUUUGUACCUCUCUUGGGUGGUACCUAGUCCCUGCCUUGAAGAUGAGCCCCAAUACGAAAAGGUCAACAAAAAAGAAAACUUAUGCAAGAGAAUUGAGCGAGAAUAAGAUGGUGGUCAGUGAGAAGGCGAAAGAGUAUACGAGAAGCAGUUCCGGGCUUGUGGAUCAAGGCAAAUCACCGCAGCAACACGGCCAUCGGAAAAGCUGGUGAAGAUCAUAAUCGUCUGAUUCUCUCCUUUCUCCGUCUUUUUCUGAGAAGUUAACAAUCUGUCUGUUGUGUUCAUAGGUGUAAAUUUUUAACUAGUUUUGUAGGGUUUUUUUUUUUUUUAAAUCUUCUUCUUCGCAUGUUGGGUUGGAUUGGAAAUUGAUCAAUCGCUGCUUGACAUGUUCACAAAUGUAUAUUAAGUAAUGUGUUUAGAGUUAGGCUAUAGAUCAUGAAAGCAAGUCAUGUCAUGUAUAAUCUGUAUGGCACAGUGAGUUUGUCAGAGUCCAAUGAUAAAUGAGCUUUCAUGUGAUCCCAUUACUGUAGAUUGAUUAUCUCUGCAUG